AUGUCAUCCUGUACUGAGAGACGAAAUGAUCUCAUCAAUUGCGCGAUAGAAGUCGCUAAUACCAACUUUAACUACAGACAAUCGACUUUAAUUCUUUACAACGAUGUUGAUAAUAAGAUGGUGACCGAUUUCGUAAAGGCAUAUCAAGGAACGGUGAUGAUAGAAAGUAGAGGAAUAGACCCUGCAAAGCAAGUAGUCAUCAUAGUGGAUAACUACCAAUCCUUCAUGAGGUUACUCAGUAAACUGAAGUCAGAUUUGAGAGGACGAAACCUAUUUAAUGGAGGAGCAAAGUUCUUAAUCGUUAUCAAUUCAAACCGCAAGAAACUCGAUCAUAUUACUACCAUUCUAUGGAAUUAUUACGUCACCGAUGUAAUAAUUCUAACGAAAGACAAGAAGAAUAAAGUUGCUUUGUUCACUUACUAUCCUUAUAGAAAUCAUUUGAAUUGUCAGAACACGGAACCGACCCUCAUCAGUUAUUGGAAGCCGGGCAUGUGUCUGAGGGACAUGUAUCCAGAUAAAAUGAGUAACAUGCACGAGUGUCCCUUGUACAUAUCGACAAAUAAAAUCUACCACCAGGGAGGCACUGACCGGAAAAUUCCGUUGCAAAUAAUCAAGAAAUCAAUAGUAAGGUUGCUCCGGGAUAUCAUGAACUUUACGCCCAUAAUAUCAGCUAGAGAUUACAUCAGUAUAGAUUCGGAUCGAGCCAAGAACUGGUCAGAUUCUUUAAAUGACGUCAUUUCUGGGUUUGCUAACAUUUCCACGUGUACCAUACCUUUAGGAGUCGACAGACUAGGUCUUCUAGAUUAUUCGAUGCCGUAUUUUCGUAUUCGUAUUGCAUGGCUGGCUCCUCCGGUUGGUCCCGGACCUAUGUGGUGGCGAUUACUAUCACCGUUAAAUGGGUAUUUAUGGCUCAUACUCCUUGUAGUAACAUUCAUAGUUAUAUCCCUCCCUUUUGUACUAAAAUUUAAACGUACAAAGCAGUUCUGUAACCGUUAUUUCAAGAACUUUGACAAGGUUCAAGGUGCAGCGUUUAGAGUUUGGGGAGCAAUGCUUGGACAGACCAUCAGAGUGGCACCAAGAAGGUUUAGAGAUUUCUAUAUCGUGGGCCUGUGGAUAUGGUUUACUUUUGUCGUCCGAAACGCGUACCAAAGUGUUCUAAUUGGUGCUCUAAAAACAGAUACACUUACAGGAAAUUUCGCGAAUUUGAAGGAAACUGUUGACAGUGGGUUUAAGUUCGGUGGCAGGGCGGGCAUUUACGGCCACUUCGAAUUUGAUCCUUUAAUCAGAGAUGGCUUUGAAAUAAUCCCUGAGGUGAAGUUUGAAGAUGUUUUCCGAGAAAUUUUAGAAGGGAAGAAGAAGUUUGUGCUGGCUACGUCCUUGGAGUAUGCUUUUGCUUUUUGCUUGGCACAAGGGAAGAAAGAGAAUGAGUGUGGGCAUGUGUUACCAGACUCGAUACUAACUGUUCCAUUGGUUGUAUGGAUGAAGAUGUACUCUCCGUUUGUUAGACCACUCUCUGUGUGGUUACCAAGGAUGAUAGAAAGCGGUUUGUUAGAGAAAGAAGCGAACUUGAAGACGACUUACGUUCCCACGAUAAAUUCUGAUCCUUCGCCAUUGACUCAGCAUCAGACCCUCACUUGUUUCCUCUGCCUUAUUUUUGGCUGCUUGAUUUCUUUAAUAAUAUUUUUAUUAGAGAUAUUGAGAAAGGAGUCCUCAAAUUAUACAAUUGUGAAGAAGAGUAAGUUAGUUGCGUUAGAGAAGGAGUGUGCGUUUGUAAGAGAUUAUAAAGAGUAA